CUGUGUUUGGUUAUCAGCUGUCAGAAUAGACAUCCCGAGUGUAUUAUUAUUGAGGGAAUAUGCGAAAGAAUUCCGGGAAGACCCUCCGCGUUGCUUGAAAAUAUCAAUAAAAUCCCAUAUAUAAAUUAGCAAUCGCGUUCGCGGCCAACAAAUAAAAAUAAUUCGACCGUAUUGCGCGGGUGGCGGAUGUGAAAAUGGAGAGUGAUCAUAACCACUCUCGCCGAAAAGAACCCAAGGAGUUCAGUGAAAGACGGCGCGAAGCUAAGCAUUGGAAAAAUAUCGAUAAAAAUGAUCUGAAGAACGACUCGAAUAAACAGUGGAUGAAUAAGUUUUCCGACAAAUAUGUUCAGCGCGAGCGUCGAAAAUUUUCUAAAUGGGAUUGCAAACCAGAACCGGAAAAUAAUUUUGAUCAUGCCAAUUUCAAUGCUCGGCCACUGAUACCACAGUGUGAAGAAGUCCAAAGAGAUUUUCUGCAGAAUAUCAUUGAACUUCUUCAAACUCCAAGUUAUUACGAUGAGGUUGAGGAAAAUUAUGAAUCACCAUCAGAAAACGAAACGACGAACCAAGACGAAGCUACAGUGAGUUCAACAAAGAAGACGCUUCCUUCGCUCGAUUUUUGGGCCGAUGAUUCAAAGGUAACAAACGCAAGCAUUGUCCGUUCAGGAAACUCAUAUUCUAACGGCGAUUCCAACUCAAAAGUAAUUUUUGGGGAAAAAAACGCAAAUCAAUUCAACGAUGAAAGCGAAAAUGUAGUUAAACGAAGUGGGUAUGGAAGAAUUAUUGGGGAAAAUACCCUAAAGGCUCCAUCAGCAGACAACAAUGUAGAAACAGAAGAUGCGCCAGUGUCGUCAAUAAAUGAAGUGAGCGAGUCAUAUAUAAGUGACAUAAAAAUCGAAGAGACCAAACUUACCGAAAGUGUGCCAAAUCUGUAUUACGAAAAAGAUGGAGAUAAAUGCAACUCUGCAUCUACCGAGCUAAGCAACCCAGCUGCACCUUCAAUUUCCCUAGUUCCUCUAUCAUUUCUCAUUGAUCCCAAAUUACAGCCAUCAACAAAUAACGAAAAUGGCACGGAAAAUACUAUCGCAAAUACUGAAGAAGCUGAUGUGACUCAAAGUUUGAAGCAACCUGGUGAACCUAAUUUCAAGAAACCCGAAGUGAUUUCUAAGAAGCUUAUCAAUAAAGUGGCUACUAUGGAUAAGACGAAUAUAAGAAAUGUUAUAAACAAUCCCAUAAUGAAAUUUGACGUGGCGUUGAAAAUGCAUGCAAAAAAGAGGUUGCGGGAGGAAAUCCGAAAACAGUUGAGAAGCAUUAAUUUUGAGACAAGACAGACUACUGAACAAAACAUGGUCCAACCCGAUGGGUAUAUUGACCCAGAAAAUAUUCCUGUCGAAAUGCUGAGAGAAUUCGAAACAGUUUUUGAUAUAGACUUCGGGAAUAGUCAAGAGACCUCGGACGGACAGACAACAAUAAUUGAUUCAAGUGAGGAGAAUUUAUCAGACUCAUGUAGCCAGCCAUCAAAUAUUAUCCUGGAAGCAGAGGCUACAAAAAAUUGUGAAUCUAAUUUAAGAACCAAACUCCUAAACUUCGAAUUUAUGAAACAGCAAGCGAUAUUGAGGAAAUGUCAACUACAAUCUUCCGACGAAGACGAAAUAUGCAUUAUUGAUUCGCCAAGAGAAACGGUAAUUCUUUCACAUGAUGAUAGUAGUGUAGAUUCAUCCACUACGAGUACGACUACUACAAGUGUUUCAAGUGCAACCCCGCAACAAAAAAUGCAGGAAAAAUUUCUUGAAAGCUUCAAAAAAGAUGUACUUCCAAAGCUACCGCAAAAUGUACGACAGGAAUAUGAAAAUUCCUCGGGAAAAGACGAGGCCAUUGCGAAAAUUUAUAGCAUGUGCCUUGAAAGAUUACAGAAUAUCGAUGAAGAUAAUGGGUCAUCUAGACUGAAAUUUAAUGGAUCAAAUAAUGAUGAAGCCUUAAAUUUUCUUGUUGGAAAUAUUCGGGACUUGUUUACUUCGGGUGGAAGAGAAAAUGGCAAUAUCAACAGAGCAAAUCGAGUAGAUGAGGAUACCAAUGAUCGUCGCGUCAAAGUUGAUAAAAACCCACGGAAAAGAUGCUACGAUGAAAAUAACAGUUACACCACACACAAGGAAACACCAAAAUCGUCAAAAGAGCCGCUUCAUCGUAAGGAAGAAGAUUGUAAUAUUAAGAAAUUUAAAGGACAAUUUCAACCACAACAAGCAAGUGGAUCGAGAAAGUCGAGGUGUAAAGAAGAACAUCGAGAUAAAAAACACUAUCGGCAGCCAAAUCGCAAGAAUUUCAAUGACAAAUAUCACUAUCAUCGCUCAUUUCCUGCUAAGCGUAAAAGGUUGCCAUCAGAAAAUGUCAUUUCCAAUGGCAAAGGCGGGUUGAAUCAAUUAAAAAAUGACUCUACUCCAAUGAAUAAAACGAAACCAGUUGAGAGUUCUCAAGAAAAUAAAUUGAAUACUCUCCCCAAUAAUAAAAAUAGACCCCAAUCUAAUAGCAAAGAUUCUUAUGCUAUCAGAGAGAAACCACAUCUCCCGCCAGAACCACCUAAGUCUCCACAGAAUAACCAUGCUGACAAGCCCCCAAACAAUCCUCAGAGUACUUGCAUUGAAAGGUUGUGGCGAUCUCCUGGGGAAAAGAAAUGCCUUGAACCCACUGAUACUCCAAAUUUGCCUGAGGUAAUUGAACUUAGUCCGAUUCGUAAUUUACCAGCAGACUCAGUUACUCCUGAUUCAACAGGUAAAAUAAUUGAAUCCAACGAUGGUCCUCCUGUUGAACAGAAUAAUGAAACCCAUACGGAAGUACCAUCAUCAACUGAAAAAAGUAGUACUAGUAGUACAAGCACCCUCGAUUGCUUGAAAGAUCUCGAUACGAAACUGAUGCAGUUGAACCAUAAGAAAAUGGAUAUAGAGAAGAAGAUCAUCGAAUUACAAAAAGAAAAAAUGGAGAUCGAUCUCAUUGUUAUGCAGCUACAAAAUGAUCGUUUCGCUUUAAUCAGCUCUGCAGUUUCCAGUUCUAACGACUAUCUCACCUCCAACACUAAUUUACAGACGUUGCUCUCAAGAAGCAACAUGUUUAAUUGUAGUAGUAUCGGCGUCAUGCAGCCUACCCCACCUGCACCAAAGGCAGAGAGCACUAACAAGGAAAAAGUCUCUCCAGUCAAGACUCCACGAAACUCGGAUUUUGCAGAAAAGCUGAAAAAUAGGAAGAAGCGUUGUCAACGCGAUAUUUUAAUCGAGGACGCAGCAUCAACUCUAUUCCCCGAUUCCAGUAACAAACAUUAUGAAGAGAUCUGCAAUAGUCCCCCGUCCGAGAUUUCUGCGAAAGUUAAUGAUAUAUUUUCGAUGCCUGCAAGGCGCAAUCAACGCCCAGUACAAGUAGUUACCCCAGAGAAAUCAAAAGGUGAGAAUCUCAGUGCAAUUAAAUCGAGCAAUGCAUCGAAAUCUCCACCACCAGCAAGAAAGAGAGUUUCAAAAGCAUCAACCAAUCAUCGUGGCUCCGACAAUGACAUGCUGCCGGUUUCAUGCAAUGGACAAAGUGUUAACAUUGUAGAAAGCGACGACGAUGAGGACAGCAACGAGUCUAACCAAAUCAGUUGCCCAAUAUCGGAUGGAAACAUCACAAACGGCAAACUGAAAGGAUUCCGUUUACCAAUUGUGAAGAUCAUCGGCGUAGAGGGUUACAUAUUAUGUGCAUCAGAGGAUGGCAACAUUUAUAAGUUUGACUCCAGUACACGAGAAAUAAUAUCGACGUUUUCCAAACACACUGAAUCAAUUACGGAAAUGUUCGUAGAUGGAGAGGGAUGUAUCUAUUCAACAUCACUGGAUGGUUAUAUGAAGAAAACUUCGGUUGAGAAUUUCGGGUUAGAACUUCAGUCAGUGAACUUACACGAGCCUCUCCAAACUAUCAACUUAUGUUGGAACAUUGCCUUUAUUGGAAGCAGAUGGGGAAACAUUCUUACAUAUGAUGUAAAGAAAAAUAAACUGAAUGAACUGCUAUGCUCCGUGGGUAGUGCGAUUACUGCCAUAAAAGCAGCAAAAGAAGGUCCUCGCCAGAUUAUCAUAAUAGCUUCCAAAGGGGAGAAAAUACAUCUUCGAGAUGCAUCUUCGGGUCUGCUACUUCGAGCAAUCUCAGUAUUGGAAAAUCACAACAUUUCUAAUAUCGUGUUGAGUGGUGGACUCUUAUAUUGCGGGUCUAACGCCAAUAAGGUUUUCGUAUACGAUUUCACGACUGGAAAUGAAAUCAAUUCGUUCUUUUGUGGAAAUGGACCAGUUUCAAUCAAGAUUUUCAGGAACAAAUUGCUAUUCAUUGGAUGCUACGAUGGCUUUGUUUAUGUGCUCGAUAAGCAGUCAGGCCAGCGAGUUGGACGUUUUCCAGGUUCCGGAAAAAUGAUUUUAGCUUUAGAAAUAGUCGGUGAUAAGGUGUUGACUUCGUCCAAAGACAAUGCAAUGCAAAUUGUCGAUAUUCCAAAAUAUAUACUAACCCUAACAAAGUGAAGUGGUGAUAUUAAUACUAGAUUUAUGUAGAUGGUUAAGUAUUCAUUGAAAUUAGAGAAAAAAAUACAAAUGAAUUUAAGUUUCUUUCUUGUUAGCUGUAGACAUAGGUUUUCGUACUAAGUUGCAUUUGCGUCAUAGACUAUAAUUUCCAAUGUACAUAAUUCUAUCACAUAACACAAAGUUGAACUUGUGAAUAAAAUAAUUUUUUUAUGAA